GAAAAGUUCCCAAGUACACAUAAACAUGAGGAAGAUAAAAGUGUCAAUGCUUGUUACAAUAAUUAUUGUUAUCCUCUUAGUAUUGUUCACAAAAAACACGAACUAUAAUACUACAGCUGGAGAUGGUAACCUGAUAUUUAAAACAGAACCCAAUAUUGAAAACAACAAAUCAUCAUCAAUGAAUUCAGUAAAAGACUACAAAAGCAAGUUUGCGAAUAUCAUAGAUGUGGUCAGACAAAUGAAUGUGACGCCUCUUCUGGUUACCCUUGUAAACAGAGCUUACCUACCUUUUGCUUUCAGUUGGUUAUGUAACACAGAACAAAUGGGAAUUCAUAAACAGGUCUUAUUCAUAACAACAGAUACAGAAUCAAAAGACCAGCUGAAUAAAUUAUGGCCAAAUAUAAGGGUGGUAGCCAUUUCCGGAAUGUCAGCAGUGACGAACGAUCAAGCGUAUAGUCAUGCUGGGUACAUACGUCUUAUGAUACGCAGGACACAAAUAUUACUAGAUAUUUUACAGAAUAAUAUACCAAUAUUUUUGUUUGAGGUAGAUUGUUUAUGGAUAAAAAACCCUGUUCCGUCAUUAGUGAAAAAUGAAGGAUAUGACAUUUUAGUAAAUCCGGUUUCAAAUCGACCAGGUGUGAUUGCUGGAGGUUUCAUAUAUAUGUUUCCUACACAUGCAACAAAAGUCCUAUGGGCUGAGUUAAAUGCAAAGUUGCUUACAUUGGAGAAAAAAAUAUCAAAUUUAUCCCCUGAAAUGGGCAUACCUGAAAGUCAGAAUGACCAAAUGUAUUUAUCAGACCUUGUAAAAAAACGAGUUAGUGGGUUGAAACCUAAAUACUUACCGUUAGAUGAAUAUGCAGAUGGUAAAUGGUAUUCAUUUCCAGAAAAAAUAAGAGCAACAUUGGACCCAUAUGUGAUCAACAAUAACUGGGUUAUCGGUAAUAAAAAUAAGAUUUUAAGAGCAAAAUCAUGGGGUCAUUGGUUUGUUUUAUCGGAUAACACUUGUGAUAGAGAUCAAAUUAAAAAUAUUGUAAAACGUUGA